UUUUCUUUUUCUCUUUUUUUUUUUUUUUGGCUGAUCCUGUGAUUAUUAUUAUUAUUUUUUCUAAUGUUUACUGCAGAUAUUUAAAGGUUUGGAAUGAAGCUAUUAUGUACAACUGUAGACAUGACAAUUGUAAAUAAACUGUAUAUUUUGAAAAAUAAAACCUUUCCCUGAGGGCCUGGCUCUGGGGGGGCUCUCGAGGUCACCGUCCCUUGCUGUCACCUUUCCCACCUCCCUGUGUUGACUGGAGCUGUGCCACUGAGAAAAGCAGAGCUCUGGCAGAGAGGGAGAUGCUUCCCAUCAGCUGUGUGACAGCCGGCCCUCUGUCACUGGAAAGGCCCCGGCGCCAUUUCCCCGAAGUUGAGCAAUGGGUGUCAUGUGUGGUCCCCUGCUUCCGAAAAUUGGCCUGCAAAGCUUCCUGCCAUCCGGGUAGGGGCAGGCAUUGCUUUCCUCACCUGUAACCCGCUUCCUCUGACGGUGGAUGGGCUGAGAGAGGGGAGGGUUGCGUGCUCAGGCUGGAAUUGGGGCUGGGGGCUGCUCCUUGCCCCACAGUCCCCCUGCAGAGCUGGGAUGCUCUGGAGCUGGCACCAAGCGGUGCCCUGGGAAAGCUGUGUGGCAAAAGGGGUUGGAAUGGCAGCAUCGACACAGGGGCCACAGACACCUCCCUAUCCCGCUUUUCCAAAGUGCUUCCCGUGGGUGGUUCCUCCUUCCAGCACCCCGAACAUGCAAGGAGAGGAUGGAGGGGCACUGUGUGCCUCUGUACCAUCCUCCGUCAGCUGGAGCAGCUUUCCUGUGACGGUGGUUCCACGUUGCACAAUGCAGCUUCCGCUGUUGGGAAAGCACCCUAUAAACCCCCACGUCCCUGGUUCCUUUCCAGUCUGCAGAGACGGCCGAGGAGGAGGCGAGCAGAACUGCUAAGGUGCGGAAGAUCCAUACUGUAUCUGUGAGCAUUGCCCAAGGGUCACCUCCAGCAGACGCCGCUGUCCCACAUCCCCAUCUGCCAAACCCUUUGAUGAAAGCAUGGACAUCAUAGAGAAGGUCUUCUCCAUCGCCCAUGCCAUCCACAGCCAGUUUGAGCACGUCAGGUGCUGCAAGCACCAGUGCCAGCGCCUCGUGGAGCGCAUCCACAUCCUGCUGGAGCCUGUGCGGGUCCUGCAGGCUCAGCCAUCUUGGCAGAUCUCCCACCACGAAGAGCAAAUGCUGACCAAGCUGCUCCAGGCGCUGGGGGAAGCCCAGAAGCUGGUGAUGAAAUACAGCCAGACCAGCUGGAUCCAAAAGUUCCUGAGUGCCCGCAGCAGCGGAGAGGAGUUUGUUUGGGUGAACAGGAGCCUGGAGGACAUCGCCCAAGGGCUCUCGCUGCUGCUACAAGCAGAGCAGAAGCAGGCGUUGCUGGAGGCCUUCCAGGCAAAGAUCUGUCGCAGGCAAGAUGCUGAGGAUCUGAGGGAUGACAAGGCUUUUCUGGACCAGGUUAUUGCAAGUACCAAAGAGCCUGAAGAUGAGGCCUGGGAGAUCCAAAUGGGCAGUCAGUGCAUGGAGAGCAAGGUAGACUGGAUGCAAGGCGAGCUGAACAAAAUCGUGCAUGUGAUGGACAGCUUGAAGAAGGUCAAUGUUGGUAAAAGGGAAGCCAUCACUGAGAUCGAGCGGGACCAGCUCACCUUCCGCAGGCACUUGCAGGACACUGAGCGCUACGACCUCUAUGAGGGAGAGUAUCUCAAGUACCCAGUCGCCAUCAAAACCUUCAAGAGGCCGCUGACCACUGACACAGUGAAGGUGAGAGACAUCUUCGAGAAGGAGAUUCAGACCCUGAAGAAGUUUGAGUCUCCAAACAUUCUGCGCAUGUACGGGAUUUGCAUUGAGGAGAAAGAUGGAAUCCCCUGCUUCUCCAUCGUCAUGGAGUACUGCAAGCACGGCACGCUGCGGGAGGUGCUGACCAAGCAACAGCAUCUCUCUUGGGAAGUCCGCAUUCGGAUGGCCCUGGGAGCUGCCAGGGGCCUCUACAGGUUGCACCAGACGGAGGAGAAGUCCCGACUGCACGGCUGCAUCUGCAGCAGCAAGUUCCUGGUGGCUGGGGAUUACUGUGUGAAGCUGUCAGGAUUUGAGCUGUGUGAAACAGAGUCUUCCAUCAAGAGAAAAGUCAAUACGAAGAACUUGAACCAAGUCUGUAUGUUGGCUUACAUUGCCCCCGAGAACCUGAUGGAUGUCUAUUAUCCCUACAAGAGGUCCUGUGAGAUAUACAGCUUCGGGAUCGUGCUGUGGGAGAUUGCAACCUCCAAAAUCCCAUUUGAAGGCUGCUCUCUCCAGGAGAUCAGAGACAAAAUCUGUGACCACCAGUACCAGGAGCCAGUGGGAGAAGAUUGUCCUGAAGAGCUGGAGAAAGUCAUCAACCAGUGUCGGGCCUUUGAUCCGUUCCAGCGCCCGUCUGCUGAGCAGAUCGUGGACUUGUUGGCUGACCUGGAGAAAAGGAGGAGCCAGGGCAGCUAGCUGCGGAGAGCCCGAGCAGGCCGCCCCGACCGACCUCCCUGCCUAGCAUCCCUGCGACUGCAACCACCGAAGUGUCAAUAUAUGUUUAUUUAUUAAAUAAGACUGGAAAAUCUCUGAGUGCUGGCUGGUUUGUGUUCUUCGAGAACCGCGGGUGGGGCUCAGGGCCGCGGUGCCCCCGCUGUCAUGGCAACACCCCCUCCCCCCG